UGCCAGCCGGCCCACGGCCGCAGGGGGCCGCGGAGCAGGCGCUGACCCUGCGGAGCGCACGGACGGCGGCCAUGGGCAGCGGCGGCCCCGGCCCGCACGGACGGCACCGGCAGAUGCUCUGAUGUCUGCUGUCUGUGAAGCUCCCAACACCUGUGCUUGGCGGAUGCACGGCUGUUAGCGGGAAGCCCCGGUAAGAGAAUGAGUGAAAGGGACGUACAGAGCUUGAGCAGAUGGGUUUUAGUGCUCACUCUCUGCCUUACCACACUAUGGGGAAGACUGACGCUGGCCUCCACCCACCACAGAAGCCAUUCAGCACACGUGGAGCCCGGCACCUGCGAGGUCAUCGCAGCACACAGGUGCUGCAAUAAGAACAAGAUAGAGGAGCGCUCCCAGACCGUGAAGUGCUCCUGCUUCCCAGGGCAGGUGGCAGGCACCACACGGGCAGCCCCCUCCUGUGUGGAUGCCUCCAUCGUGCUGCAGAAGUGGUGGUGCCAGAUGGAGCCCUGCCUCGCUGGGGAGGAGUGCAAGGUGCUGCCCGACCUCUCAGGCUGGAGUUGCAGCAGCGGCAACAAAGUGAAGACCACCAAGGUCACCCGGUAGCUUCUGCAGCCUGGAGUCAGCCCUGAUGACAUCGCAAUGCUGGAUGGCAUGGCAUGGGAUGGUGCCAGCACUGCUGCAAUGCCUCACAGCUCCACAGCCCCGUGAUGCACCCUGCAGCCAAGAAAUGGGCUCAUUUUCCCAUCCUCUGAAAUAAAAUCCUCCGAUUGUUGACAGUGAUGGAGACAGACAGACAGCAGGGCUUUAUUCCCAGCUAAAACAGCGAAGGUCAGUGAUGUGGGAGUCACACAGAUAGCCUUGCUGCCUCCCUCUCCCUGACCUGGAAGCAGACUCAGCUCAGCGCUGCCCACUUUGUGGUACCAGGGCGGUCCAACACCUCCUCAGGCUCCGGAGAUGGCAAAACAUUUCCACAGAGCACACUGUUGGUUCUUCCUUCCUCUGUAAUUACGUUAACGAGGCAGCAAGUUUAAUGCAGAGCCAGUCUCGGGCACCAAAUUGCUGCUCGUGUUUGCAUCGAAUUUCAGAAUAAAGAUGCACUGGACACGUGCAGGCUCUGCAGCCCUGGGCUGAAUGUGGCAUUAAGGAAACAGGCACUGUGCCCCCCCAAAUGUGCUCUGUCCCCUCUCUGCAGCUGGAGGGGAAUUGGGGGCCCACGGACCCGGCAUGGAGGUGCUCCCAUCCUGGGGUACAUAAUGCUGCUGCAGACUGAUGUACAUAGCAGACUGUGAAAUAUUAAAUCCAAUUUAAUCUCU